AUGGAGUGCAACAAGGUAGACAAGUUCGGAAAGAAGCAGAGCCGUGUGAAGGUCGCCUUCAAGUUGUUCUUUCAAGAAAUCUACGACUUUGAGCUUUCGAUGCCGGUCUGGCGUGCUAGCGCCGUGCCCACCUGCAAGCGACUCCUCGAGCGCUUGAGGGACAACAUCGAGGAGGAGGACGAAGAACUCACGGGCGGUGGAGCCCGGGGCACCCUGGGGCGGAGUACUCGGCAGACGGGAGCCAAGCAGACGCAAGCCCUGCCACGAACUCUGUCGCUGGCUUCGGAUGAAUCGAUUCAUCAGACGAUCCAUGUCCAAACGCCGGCGUUGCGGGCACAUGGCACGCGGAGUUGCUAUUUGGUCUCCAACAAGAGCGGCAACAACGGUGGCGGUGUCCUAUGGGACAGCUGGACGCGGAAGAAGUUCCGCGGCUACUUCCGUGGCACGUGCUCCGAUCUCGGCAACGCCUCCCUGGAGGUGAACUUGAUGAGCUUCGAGAAGCCCCGUGAGCUGCAAGAGUUGGUGACGCAGUUGGGAGGUGGACGCCCAGGUGGCAGCCGGUACCAUGUGAUCUUGGCCAAUGCCGAGAUCCCCUUGAGGGGCGUGCUGGAACACGGCGAGGUGAAGGCGACCUUGCGACCGGCGCCCUGGUUUUAUGGCCUCGAGGAGGGCGGCAAGGUGCACCGGCAACGCUGCGGCUUGCUGCAGGGCCACGUGGCUGUGGAUCAUCGCCCACGCUAUCAGCAGACAGAUGAUGUGUCAGACGAGUUGGAUUUGAGGAAGAGAUAUCUCUUUGUGAAGGUCAUCAAGGUCGACCGGGUGGUGACGCCGGACACGCGGCCCACGGACGAGAUCGACACCUUCGUCGAGGUGACCUUCGACGGUGUGGCGAAGCGCACUCGGAUCUGCCAGGACGAUGUGUCGCCCAGCUUCAACAAUGACUUGGUCUUCGAGUUGUCCUUGGCGAAGACCAGCAGUAAAAACGAGCGGCAGGAUGACAACGAAGCGACCUGGGAGGAGCUGGAGCGGAAAGGGCCGGUCUUCAUCGACCUUUGGACCAUCGGCUCCAAGAGCAACGAGCACUUGGGCUCCGUCGAAGCCUUCCUUCAGGACAUUCUCGUCGAUGAAGUCGGACAGCCUCAAAAGGAGGUGACACGAACUGCUCGUGAUGCGCGGCUGAAGCGCCAGGAGAACUUCAGUGUCCGCGCCUUCCGUGGACAACGAAGGUUGAAGUUUACCUGGGGACUUGGCCAGGAGUCCAACAUUUUCUACGAGAUGUGGUUCCUCCCGGAUUUGGACCCCAUGGCAGUGCUGAAGGCUUUGCCAGCUGAAGUGCCUUUGCCCAAGGCCUUGGCUGAGAAGUUCGAAGAGAAGCAGAUGAUCUGGGACGAAGUGGCCGAUGAGCUGAAUGGGAUUCAUGAGAACAUGGAGCAGAUCGAGCAGGACGAGCUCCGCCGCACGGGGCGGCAGUUCCAAUGCACGGCCGCCAGCAUUUGGCCGGUGCAGUCGGCACAGGAGCACUUCCUGCCGCGCUUCUGCGACGUGCUGCGGCCGCCGCACGGCGUCGAUUGCGCCACGGCCAUCAACCACUACGUGGGCUGCUUCCCCUACAUGGUCGCUCCGAGGUCAGCACUCCGAACUUCUUCUGUGCGCUGCGCAAGGGCAAGAUUUUGGAGCAUGCCUUGCUGCACUGCAGCCUCUUGCUUGGGCUUUCCUUCAAGGCCUACGUGUGCUGUGGGACGAACUUGA